CUGCCCGCCUCAACCGGCCGAGUUCAGCUCUGUUGAUUGUGAGGCGGAUGUACGUAUGUACAUAGUAUGUAUCAAGUCUGUGGAUCAACGAUAUCGGAUAAAUUCUCGGUUCUCGAGUUGACAACUUCAAAGGCUGAGAGGCAUUACUACAUUAGACAUUGACCGCCUCGUGGACAGCGGCAUCUGUUCACAUCGAUUCCCCAUAUUCCAUUAGCCGAAGCAGGGCUGUCCACUGGAAAGAUGCCAGAUCAUUAGUUAACAUGACAUGGGCAAAUGCAUGUGACCCGAUCUGCGGAACCCAAGCCAAAUGUUCCAUGUCAAUUCAAUUGUCGCUUGAUUGAUUGACGUGGAGGAGAUGAGGUGGCACAGCCGAAGUGUACGACAAUGCCUUUUAUCAUGCCGACUUUUCUCAGCCACUCAGAAUAACCUUAUUCUCUCGACGAGUCGGUAAUUUCUUUCCUUCUUCCUAAAUUUCCUCAGCUUUGCUCAAAACACUCGCCCGUGUCCCGGUCUCACAAUCGCUCGCCUUGCUGCUGAUCAAUAUCACCACAGCCUCAAUCAGGAUUUCGGCCCAUCCGCUCGAAUUAGCUCAGCUCUGAUAAAGACAUACUUUGUUCAGCUUGCCUUCUCAAUCACUGAUAGGCCACUGAAUUCCUCAAUUCUUUUUCUGGACACGACAUGGCGAGCUUCGAUUGUUCCACCCAUCAUCCUCGAUACCCUGGACUCAUCUAGCCCUAGGCCUUCAACACGAGGUUCACCAGCCUCUCUUAUUCCAGAUAUCUAAGUUAAUUUCAGGACACGAGACAACCUCCCUUGCUGAGAAGACAAACUGCGUCAUUAUCUCUCCUAUCUAAGGCUGAACAAGACCGUGUCUCGCGCCGCCGCUUACUAGCACGUGGUCCAUGGCUGAAGGAACACGAGCUAUUCUCUCGGUACCAGGCGUUCGUCAAUGCAGUCUCCCCUGUUGACAUCUGGAAAGGCCCAAAAUAGACAUCGAUCCCCACACUCUGUCCGCUAACAGUUGAGCGAGAGACACUUUAACAGUCAGCUCCGAGAGGCGGGCCCCCACACCGACGCCUCAACCGCUCCGCUCCGAGUUGGAGAUUCGGCCUCUUUCGGUAUCGCGAGAACCUCCUUUGCUAUUUCGUGGUACGAGACAAUGAAAGAGCAACUGCCAGCUAGGGGUGAUUGGCUUGUAUAGAGAAUCGCCUCCUUUCAGGGGGUGUCGAAUCGGUUCCGUGUUACUCCAUGCCAUUGGGUCGUAUGCUGAGCACGAUAUCCUCAUCUUCGUGUUUAUUUCCAACGGCCAACCGUUAUCCAAAAGAUUAAGCCAUCAUUAUCAUCUUGCCCCUGUCGCGAUGAGGCUUCGGUUUGGAAUAGCUGUCGCCGUGCGUAUUAUAUGUGACGUAGCAGCUUUUUAAGACGUAAAGUCUAGGUCCACUGGAGAAACGAGACAUUUUAUUCCAGCCCAUUUUCUCUCCAGGCGGCCGACUUUUCUCUCAGUAUGGCCUCACUGAUCUCAUCAACCCCGGGCAAAAAUGAAGCCUCUACGGGUUUUGUGAACAAGCCCCCGCCACUGGGGACCUAGCGAGUCAUGGGGCUAAGAGAAUCAGUGAUAUUUGAUUGGGCAGAGACCCUGCAGCCUUCGUCUAGGAAAACGAGCUUUGCUCCCUUGAAAUCUAUUUGGGGAUAUCCCGCCUACUGGCGUGGAUUGUAUCGGGCAAAGGCUGGUCCUCAAUACGAAGGAAUUCUUGAAUUGCCUGCCUCUGUUUUCUUGAACCGUGUCAGCCGUGCUUCAAGACCACGCUUCUCGUGGAAUAUUUCCUCUCGACUGCCCCCGAGUCAUUGGCGAGGCGUCUGGUGAUAUACGGAGCCUACAUUAGCAACAUGUAGACGAAGCCACUGCUGUCCAUAAUCAGUCCCAGAAAAGAUAUACCGCAUAGCCACUGAGGAAUGCCAAGAUAACAUCAUGGCGCCGCCAAAGGACAAAGAACGAAAGAGAAAGUUUCAUCGGAGAAGCAAAAACGGAUGCACUCGAUGCAAGGCCAGGCAUGUGAGGUGCGACGAGCAAAAGCCGCUUUGCACCAAUUGCCUUCAGACGGGGAGUGAAUGCAUAUAUCCGACUCCAGAACAACCGCUCCCAUCCAAUGAUUCCUCACCUUCACCGUCAUCGUCGUCCAGCAAUGUUGCUCUGGGGAGCUUUGGGUCCCAAAUGGCACUUACCGAGUCAGCGGCACCAGCAUCGCCAGGGAUGAGUAAUGCCCUCAACAACUACGUUGGAGGCUCCUUUGAUGCUCUUCCGGAACACUCCAAACGCCUUCUGCGACAUUUUUCACAGUACACGGUUUGGGGUUCGAGACCUGUUGCUCGGGAGCUGGAAUCUUCAGCAAUACAAAAAUCGUUCGAGAAUCCUGGCUACAUGCACAUGUGCCUCAUGCUAUCAGCAUGUCAGUGGGCAUGGGUUACCGGUUCGAUGGACGAGGUCAGGAUCCCAUUCCUGUACCAUAAAGCGGCAACCUAUCAAUUCGCGAGAGAACAGCUCCAGAGUCCAGAAUUGGCACAGAGCGGAGACACUAUGUUGGCUAUAUCUGCACUUGCGCUGACUGAGGGCGCGAUAGGAGAACUGGACGCCUCCUCAAGACACUUGAAGGGUAUACAAUCUGCAGUAAAGGAGUGGAAUAGGGUUGUCGAUCCAGUGCCGACGUUGCCCCAGAGAAUGCUCAAGAUGGUCGGAGAAGGACUACGAACCGGAAAAGCAGGCCAACUCGUGAACGUGCCCGAAUACCAACCAACCUUUAUGGCUCUCCUAUUUGCGUCGAUAUGGGAUAUCACAGCGCUACCGCCGCGCGAAGCUCCGAGAUAUGGCUGGUGGGAAGAUCUCGAAACACCAGCGGCCAGACUUUGGCAAAAUCAUACCAGAGACCUCAACCUCAACUAUGAGAUUUCAAGAGGUUUCAGUGCGAGUCAAUACGUACCACGAAUCUUGAACGGCGACCCUAAAAGUAGCCGAACGAGUUUCAUAGCGACCUUCUUCUAUCUCUGUUCUGAGCUGGGCGACAGAUACUUCGACGUAACCAUGAUCGACUGGCUCCUUGAACAACUCAUAGACGAUGUUAAUGCAGGCGAAGAACAUCUGAGGAUGAGUGAAUGGACACAGUCACUCUGGUUAUUUUGCGUACUGUUUGGUGCGUCAAUAGCGUUCACUGGGCGGGCCAAUAAUGUAAUCGAAGAAAGACAACUGAGCAAAUGGCGAGGCGUUUACGGCGACAAAAUGAAACUGGCCAGUCGAGAACUGGGAAUCAAAAGCUGGCAGUCAGCCCGGGCGAUGCUGGCUGAGGUGGUGGGAGGGAUAGACGGCGAAUUAGAAAAGGGUCUAGAGGAGUUAUGGAACGAGGGGAUAUCAGGAGAGACAUCGGGAGAGAGCAGUGCAAGUCCAGCAGUGGUAGAGCUGUCAGAAUCCGACUAAGCCAUGCUUCGUCACCUCGACUGAGUUGGCGUCUGACUGCUUGAAAAUAGAUUGGGAGCAAGCCAGGUGAUGCGUGGAUGCGAGCUAUCAUAUAUUUUUGGUGUUGGCUUAUCGUGGUUCAAGGCCAACGAGAAGGGUCGAUGAGAUACCCGUAAGAUAGACAUCGGCUGGGCUGACGGUAGAAUGAGAGGACAUCAACUCAUAGAAUACAUAGAGUUUUCCCUGGAGGAAGCGUUGAAAUUCAGAUAGGUAGUGUUCAACAAGAGACUCAAAGAACCACACAAGACGAUAACAAAGCUGAGGCGGUUACACCAUCACGUGGAGUUGCGGGCCGCUUCCCGUUUCUCCUUCCCUUCCAUUGUUCCUUCUAGCAACUUUCCCAGGUAGGAAAUACGGGGAAUAGACGGAAUGGAGGGAAAGGAAGGCACGGAACGGCGCUCCCGUCGAAGAAGGGAAGGAAGUAAACUAAAAAUCGCGGGUGGCUCGGACUUAUCAGGGUCCAUCAAUCAAACAUCGACAACG